AUGUGGAGCAAAGGAUUGACGCCAUGGAGGAUACUGUUGUGCAUGUUGUUGGUGGCGUCGGCGUGCGCCGCGACGGUGCGAGCUGACGACGAAAUACCAUCUGAGUCACAAUGCCGGCCAUACAUCGAAAAAGCUCUUAAGGAGCUCGAGUCAGGAGAUGUUGAACCAGAUUCUGGCGAAAAAAACGACAGUAGUGAAGUAAGUGUUAACGACGGAGACGAUUCCAAAGAAGUUACUUCAGCAGAAAGUGGGACGGAAAAUGCAGAUAGUGCGGAAGACGAUGCACCGUCUGUAGAAAUUGCAGACGAGCCAUACGUGUCCCAAGCGUCCGUCGAAAAUUUACAAGCUGAAUCUGACGACACUGACUCAGGAGAAGCGGUAGAGAACGCCGACGGCAACAGUAACGAAGAAGAAGCCGAUGAUGCAGAUAGCAAGGAAGAACAGGCCGAUGAUGCAGACAGCAAGGAAACAUCUGCUGAAGAAGAAGCGGCUGGAGAAGAGAGUCAAGAACAUGAAGACGAAGCUACAGAAGAUGGUAGCGACGAAAAAUCCCAAGAAGGAUCCGAAGAAGAAGACAAUAAAGAUGUAAAGGAAGAAGAAGAUAGUAAAGAAACUGAUGAUGCUAGUCAAGAAGCAGCAGACGAUGACAAGUCUGCUGAGGCCGCAGAUUCGUCCGACGAAAACAAAGACGAUGAUGACGAUGAUGAUAAGACAAAAGAAGAUGACGAUGGAUCUCAAGAAAAGGCUGAUGAAACUCAAGAAGAAGCAGAAAGUGAACAAGUAAACUCAGAAGAAGUAAAAGCUGACGAAUCUGAAGAAGAAAAAACUGCCGACGAGUCUGGAGAACAAGACGCAUCAGUAGAGGACAAAGAUGAAUCGAAAGAAGACAAAGACGAAACUGCUGAGGACAAAGAUGAAACUGCAGAAGAAAAAGAUGAUUCAGGAGAAGAUAAGGAAGAGUCCGGGGAAGAGAAAGCCGAUUCUGUAGAAGAUACUGUCGAUGAUAAGGAAUCAGCAGAAGAGAAAGGUGAAUCCGAAGAAAAGGAGGCGUCUGCAGAGGAAUCUGAAGGAGGGGUAGAAGAAAAGUCACAGGAAGACGAAGGAGAAGCAGAUAAAGAUAGUAAAGAAGAAGAUGGGGACAAGUCCGAGGAGGCCGCAGAAGCAGGUGAAGAGGAAACAGAGCCCGCAGAAGAAGCUGAGGAGGAAGAAGGAGCGCCAGAGGAAGAUUUACUAAUUACCAUUGAUAUUCCCGAAAACCUAAGAUCUCGCGAUCAUAUAACCAAAAUACUUAGAUUAGACGAGGAUGCUAGUGAAGAUGAAUUAACUGUUGAAAAAUCCGCUGACAUCGUACUCAGAGAUUUGAAGAGAUUGUACGAAAACUCCAUCAAACCCUUGGAAGCGCUUUACAAGUACAGAGAUCUAAGUAAUAGACAUUUUGGCGACCCUGAAAUAUUCUCUAAGCCUUUGGUGCUCUUCAUGGGUCCCUGGAGCGGUGGCAAAUCUAGCAUCUUGAACUACUUGACUGGACUGGAGUUCACAGAAUGGUCUCUCAGAACAGGCGCGGAACCAUCCCCUGCGUACUUUAACAUCCUAAUGCACGGCAAGGAGCCAGAAGUAUUAGAUGGCACUCAGCUGGCAGCUGACUGGACAUUCUCGGGACUUCAAAAGUUUGGUCAAGGGUUGGAGGAGCGUCUGAGAGGCUUGAGAUAUCCCAGCAAAAUAUUGGAGAAGGUGAACAUCGUAGAAAUUCCUGGAAUAUUGGAAGUAAGGAAGCAAGUAUCUCGUGUUUUCCCCUUCAACGACGCCUGCCAGUGGUUCAUCGAUCGCGCCGACAUCAUCUUCUUAGUUUACGAUCCUUCUAAACUGGACGUGGGUCCCGAGACUGAAGCUAUACUCGACCAACUCAAAGGCAGGGAGUCACAGACACGCAUCGUGUUGAACAAGGCAGACACGGUGAAGCCAGAAGAGCUGAUGCGCGUACAAAGUGCGCUGAUCUGGAACAUCUCGCCACUGAUGAGCUCCGCACAGCCGCCAGUGAUGUACACGGUGUCGCUGUGGUCGAUGCCGUACGAGGCGGGCGCGCCCGUGCGCCUGCUGCAAGCCCAGGAGAGAGAACUCCUGAGAGACUUGCGGCAAGCCAUUGAUAAGCGCAUUGAGAAUAAGAUCGCAAGCGCUAGGAGAUUCGCUGUUCGCGUGAGGAACCACGCGAAGAUGGUUGACUGUUACUUGACAACAUACUACAAUCACAAGACAAUAUUCGGCAACAGAAAGAUCAUUGCCGACGCCAUUAUUGAAAACCCUCAGAACUACCACAUCUAUGAGGGGCUCAGUACACUCACCAAUAUCUCAAGGUACGACUUGCCUGACCCCGAAACGUACCGGGACUUCUUCCGGUUGAAUCCCCUGUUCGAGUUCCAGCAGCUAUCGGCGACGUGCACGUACUUCCGGGGCUGUCCCAUCACGCGGCUCGACGUCGCCAUCGCUUACGACCUGCCAGAGCUCGUCGGCAAGUACAAGAAGAUGGUGGAGACCGCCACGCCCCAGGGCAUGCCCAAGAGUUGA